AUGAACCCGCUGGCUGAAAAUUUUCGUUCCGAGAGACUUCCUAGUCCAACCACAGAUGUUGCCGUGGCUACUUGUUUAGUCGCGUCUGAAAGUCUUGUUGAAGAAGAGGAUGCGUUGGGACAGGAGGAGAAAUGUGAGGACAAUCCGGGCUGCACGAGUGAUAUCAGUCCUGACAACGGGUCCUAUCCUGAAAUCGAUGAAAUCUUUCCAGAUACUCAAUUGCUGGUGCAAGAUGAUCUCACAGCUGCUUCAAUAAGCUCUCAUACCGCUCAAUCGCCCACCAAGAUGCAAAUGUCGCCGUCCAAGUCUAAUAAUUUGCCAGCCAAAGUACGGUCGUCUCCCGCUAAAUCUCAAUUAUCUCCUGGUAAUUUGCGCUCGUCACCGAUUAAGAUCGAAUCCCCUGCCAGGAUUCGAUCACACCCGGAGUUGCAUUCAUCACCUGUAAAGGCUUCAGUUGAUCCAUCCCCCGUACUGGACGACACGCCCGAAGAAUUUCGAGCUGAAGGUGCAGAAGGCAAGUUCACAAAGGUGUUUCCAGCCAUUUCAAAACUCGUAGAGUCUAGUGGAUGGCAGAUUGCUCAGGGUAUGAAUACUCUGUUUUGUGCUAUGCCGGGAGUACAAUUUUUCAACUUCAAACCAAACAUUAAUGUGUUCGACUCAAAGAUGAAGGCAUGUUGGAAAUUUAUUGAGAUCGCGGGUAAAAAAACGGGGGAUCAAGAAGAUCAAGAGCUCUGGAAUUUGCUUUGGCCUAUUGCAGAGAAGGAAUUUAAGUGGUUUACUAUGAAUUGUGGCUCCGAGAUGUGGUUCGUGAAGCCUGAGACAAAGUUUGAGAACUUUUUACCAAAUGAGACAGUUUUUCAAAGUAAAAGACGUGCUGUGCUCAAGUGCCUGGCCGUAGAAGUAGGCUCAAUCGAUUUAGGUGAGUCUGCUGAAGGCCAUCAAAUCGUGUCAUUCGCGCCGCAUACAGUCCAAUCGAAGCCCUUGCCAGUUGUAAAGAAAGCUAAGGCUUCUUUAUUUAAAACACCGUCGCCUGCCAUAAAGAGUUCUCAGCGAUCCACUCCGGCCUCAAAUUCGAAAGCCGAGUUUGUCACGCCUGCGAAGCAGGCACCGGCCCCUAUGUCGUCAUCUAGUGCCAAGCGUAAGUCUACUUCAUCAGUCACUUCAUCCAUAUCUGGUGCCAAGCGUAAACUUUCGUCGUCCGCUUCAAAAGUGACAAAGAAUUCAGGCACUAAUAAAAAGGUAAAGGCAGGCAAGGCUGGCACGAAGAAAUCGGUACCCAAGAAGACGAAAAAGGUGAUAUCUGACACCGCAUCAGACGUCAGCAAAGCGGAUGAUUUUAACUUUGUUGCACCGGAGUUUCGGUGCACAUUUGGUAUUCUGUACGCAAAACUCCAGGAUGAAGGCUGGUACCAUCGAAGUGGAGUGUUCGAGUAUGAUUACUUCUCACCCACAUACACGGACGCGACAAAAGAACAAAAUGUCAACUAUUUUCGAUCUCAGGCAGACCUGGAAGAUUUUUUAAAAGUUAGUGGCACGUGGAAGCGUAUUGAGGAUGCAUUGCGAUUAGAGCAUGAACUAGUGGUAGAGGAAGAGCGUGGAAAAGCGCUGGAGAAGUACCAUCAACGGCUGGAACAACAAGCAACACGAAAGCGAAAUAUAGCACUUUAUGGUCAGCCCGUUAAGGAGAAGACAAAGAAGCCAAAGAAAUCUUUCAAUAAGGCCUCUGAUGCUUCAUCAGGUCAAUGCCUCUACAAUGCUGAAGCUGAGGCUACAAGUCCUGAAAAGAAUGACGAAGAAUUACCCAAAUUAAAAUUUGGCGUGCUGGCGGACGACGACCCCGCCUAUUACUGCGACUCGGACACGUAUUGCGAAAAGAACUACCCAGCUUGUCGUGGCGCCACGCCUGGUCUUUGCCCGUCUUUUCAAAGCGCAGACAUUGGCUAUCUAAACUCUCACUGCGUGUUCGUGUCUGAAGAGAAUCUAUCACUGGCAUCAAGUGGUUCAGGCUCUGGUCGUCGACUCAUGGGUGCAGCCUCGAACGCCUCUUCAGCCACUAGUAAUAGUAGCAGCGCGUCAGAUACCGCGGCAUCCGGCGGAAGCACAGAUGUGCCUUUGAUUGGGAGUGAUGACGACUCCAAUGCACUGCACACUGUGACUAUUGAUGGAGAGAGUGUUAGCGGCCAAUUUGUCUGCUUGGAUGUGUCAGACUGUGCUAAUAAGGCUGCUGAUCCCAGCACAUGCGAGCCCGCUACAUGUCAAUCUCCCACAUCGAAAGAGGUGUGCACCUACCACGGCACUUGCACGUACAAGAACAAGAAAAAAAUUGAUAAGCGCAGCUGUAUGUGCUACGCUGGAUUUGAGGGUGACAAGUGCGAAAAGGAAAUAUCAAAUGCAUGUGACGUAGACUGCGGUACUGGUGGUGAUUGUAUUAAUGGCGAGUGCGUGUGCAAAAAAGGCUUUGAUGGAGAAGAAUAUGACGGCAAACAGGGUGAGGCUAGACAUGAGUACGAUAUAGAACGUGGUAACAUCGUUUAUAUUACAAUUUCCUUCAAGCAAUGUAUUUUUGCUGCCGCAAUCAUUGCAAAUCAAAUGUAUUGUUUUAUCAAUAUCUUUCGGCGCUCAUCACACAAAGUUGUUGCUAUUGCGCUAUUACGUCUUUUGCAGAUGAGUGUGCAGGGCGAAUAG